CUACAAACUACUGCUGUCCCCUCGACCCAUUCCUGCCAGUCGUUGGCUGCUUGAGACAGCACCCUUGGGCUCCGUCCGCGUCAUGUCUCACCGCCUUGUUCCCUGACCGAAAUUGUCACCAUGCCGCUUUCCAACAACGACGUCUCCUCCAAACUCGGCCCCUCCACGAAGAAGUCCAUAUUCGAGCGACAAAAGGCAGAGGCAGAAGCCAAAAAGGCCCGAGAGAAGGCGGAGACGGCAGCUGUGCUCGAAGACUUUGUGAAGAGUUUUGAAGAUAAUGGGAACCAGACAUCGGGCUUUCCUUCAAAGCGAGGCUCUGCAGGUGAAAAUAGAGGAGGAUUUGGCUCUGGCGGAAGCAACUACGGUCCCUCCGGCCCAGGGAAGCGCCACUUCACGAGUUCGAGUCUGAAGAGUGGUCCCGGCAGUCUGGGACCGAGUCCUUCGUUGCCCAAGAGUGGACCUGGUAGCUUGGGUCCGGCGCCAGGAUUUGGAAGAAAGAGACACUAUGAUGAAUACUCGGGUCGAGAUCGGGAUCGAGAGCGCGACCGCGACCGCGAUCGCGACAGGAGAGACAGGGUGUUUUCAUACAGUGACGGAAGAGAUGAGGACAAUCGUAGGGACUCCCAUGCUUUCGCUCACGACGACGACGACGAGGAUACACGGGACACAGAUGAACUCAAAGCCGCGGCGAAACCUACUUUGCAUCUCGCCUCCCUUCCACCUGAGACGUCCCCAGCGGUUAUCAAGGCACUCUUCACUCCUUCCCCAUUGACUGUCGAAAGUGUGCGCAUCCUCCCGCCUGGGCCAGGCUCAGCCGCUGAACGGAAAUCAGUCUCGGCAAUCGUCACGCUCGCCGCCGAAACCCCGGCGGCAGAUAUUGACACCAUGGUCUCGCAUCUCCAGAACAAAUACCUCGGGUUUGGCUUCAACCUCUCGAUUUCGCGCCAUCUAUCCUCCGCGGCCUUGACCGGCGUGAACUCACUCAGCAACAACACUCCGUCUGUGACCUUGCACAAUCUCCCCUUUGGUGCAAAACCGGUGCCACAACACACAUCCUUAUCCCGAGCUCCCCCGCCGACCCAGGCAGCUGCAGGUAGCCGCUUUGCUCCCCCGGCUUCAUACACCUCAUCAACGCCCUACGGUCCUCGAUCGAUGAGCAGCAUGCCCCUCACACAAGUCAUGGUACAAGUCCCGACUGAUCUCAGACAACUCCGUCUUAUCCACAAAACCAUUGAAGCUCUUCUGACUUAUGGUCCCGAAUUCGAAGCGCUGCUCAUGUCCCGGCCGCAAAUUCAGCGUGAUGAACAAUGGGCAUGGCUUUGGAACUCAAGAUCAACAGGCGGAGUGUAUUAUCGUUGGCGUCUCUGGGAGAUCCUCACCGACUCCAAAUCGCGUCGCCGACCACGUUAUAUGCCGUACGGGAUGCGACAACCACAAGGUGACAUAUUAUUCGAGGGGCAAUCAACGUGGAUUCCCCCAGAAGAGGACCUCAAGUUUGAAUAUACCACUCAUCUUGAGGAAUUCAUUUCUGAUGACGACUACAAUUCUUCGGACGAAGAAGGCAUCGACGACGACAACAGAGGCGGACUAGCUAGACGGUAUCAUGACCACCAAAAACUCGCUAAUAUCAGUGACUCGACAGCCGACAACGACGGCACAGGUUAUCUUAAUCCACUUGCGAAGACGAAACUCAUUCAUCUACUUUCCCGCCUGCCAGAAACAAAUGCAAGACUGCGCAGGGGUGACGUUGCGCGGGUGACCGGAUUUGCAAUUGAGCACGCUGGGGCUGGGGCGGAUGAAGUAGCAGAAUUAGUCACGAGGAAUGUGGUCAGGCCAUUUUGUUACAGCGUGGCGAGACCGAAAGGAGAUACGGACGAUGAGGACGACCAUCAUGAGGGUGAGAACGGCGAUGGCACGCCAAAGCACUCGGGGGAUAGGGAUCCCUCCAGAACAGGAGAACAAGAUCAACCCUCUAAACCCAAGGAAAAGGAUACAACCCCAGCUUCCCUGAUAGGCUUGUAUAUCAUAAGCGACAUCCUCUCGGCCUCUUCGACCUCGGGCGUCCGGCACGCAUGGCGCUAUCGCUCUCUCUUUCAACAUCAGCUUCUCGCCCAGAACGUUUUGCCUGUGCUGGGUAAGCUCCCACAAAAGUACGAAUGGGGCAAGCUCAAGGCCGAGAAGUGGAAGAGACAGGUGCAAGUGGUCUUGGGGCUGUGGGAGGGGUGGUGCGUUUUCGAGGAAGCGAGGAUGAAAGAGAUGGUCGAGGGCUUCUUGCAUCCGCCUCUGAGCGAAGAGGAAGAGAAGCAAAAGGCCAAGGCCGAGCAAGAGGCCGAAAGAGAGAAGCAAAGGGAGAGAGACAGGGCUGCUGGGGCUGUGAGCCGUUGGCGCAGCGUCGACGAUGCUAGUGCCAACGGAGGUGCUAACACUGAUGGCAAAUCCGUCCCUUCUGCCUCUGGCGAAGCGAGCCGGGCAGCCGCCGGCGGCGAUGUGGAAAUGAACAUGGACGGGACACCCAUGGUCGAUGACGACGGAGACGGAGAUGGAGCCGAGGCCGAGAUCGACGACCAAGACGAUGACGGGGACACCGUUCUGAGCGACGAGAACAUCGACGGCGUACCAAUGGUGGACAGCAGCGACGAUGAACAGGAAGGACAAGAUCAAGCUCAAGCACAAAAGGAUGGUGGAGAACCACCUCACAGACAGCAGGAGCAAGGGCGCGUUGAGGAGCAACAGCAGCCGCUGCAACCCCAGUCUUCGGACGAAAAGGACGGCAGCGAGGCAAGGAAUGCCUCCAGAGCCGACGCACAAGUAAAGGAGUCAGGGCGAGAGGCGCGCGGAGAGGCCGGCUCUCGCGACCAGGCGACAACACUAAAGCCCGCAAAUGCUUCUCCACCGACGCCGACGACGACGACUUCUCAAGGCCGGAGAGCCCGCCCGAAAGCCGUGGAUUUCGACGACAUGUUUGAGUAGUACACAAACAGGCAAGCUAGCAAGCGUAGGGGGUCCAAUGAGCACGCACGAGUACACCUGAAAAGAAUCGCGAAAGGGAGAAGAAGAGGCCAACGAAUUGGAUUGGUCCUUGGUGAUUCUAAGUAAUGAAAUGGCCCCAGGUUGAGAAAGAGCGAGAUCUUUGCUUUUUGGGUUCUUGCUCCACGGCUCCUGCCAAUCUCCCGACAUGCUGCCAUUUGUCUUAUCCGUGUUCCUUACCCGCGGCUCGAGCUGCCGUUACAUACCCAUAUACCAUAGCCUGUAGGAGGCUCCGUGCUCUGCGUUCUAGCAGACCCAAGAGGACACACUGCGACUCAGCCGAGCCAAUGCUCCUACACUUCCUCCAUGCUCGUCUUCCCCGGUUCUCCUUCCGGGAGCGUGUUUCUCA